AUGGGGUGGAAAACUCUGGGCUUUGCCUUGUUUUGUUUUCUUUUUGCUUAUUAUAUUUAUGCACCUAUACCAGAGAAUAUUGAAGAAUGCUGGAAAAUAGGAAUUAUGAAUACUUUUCUGAAAAUUACUUCAUUUAUGGCUAUGUUUUUUGAAAAUAUAGGCAUUAUGAAAUAUGAAGACUUACUUAGAAUAUUAUUGGCAAUUGACCUUACAAAACCAAUUUCAGAUGAAAACGUUACAGUGAUUGAUACAGCCUUCAGUCACAUUCCAGUACGGCUGUACUUGCCAAGUAGGAAGUGAGAAAGACAGAGACCAGCUGUAAUUUUUAUUCAUGGUGGUGGCUUUGCCCUGGAAAGUUGCAAGCAAUUUUCCUCUGACUUUCUGAGUCGAUGGACUGCAAACAAACUUGAUGCUGUUGUUGUGGGAGUAGAUUAUAGACUAGCUCCUCAAUAUAAAUUUCCAGUUGCCCUUGAAGAUUGUAUUGUUGUAGUCAAGUUCUUCAUACAAGAUAAAAUUCUUGAAAAAUAUGAAGUGGAUCCCACCAGAAUCUGUAUUACAGGAUAUAGUUCUGGGGGUACAUUGGCAACGAAAGUGGUUUAUCUGCUACAGAAUGAUCCAGAAUUCAAAGGUAAAAUUAAGGCACAAGCCUUAAUUUACCCUCCCUUACAGCUAAUUGAGACCUUGAUGCCCUCUCAUCAAGAAUAUGAACAUGGCCUAAUUUUGACAAAAGAAACAGCUAUUAAACUUAUUUGCCUAUAUUUGACUAAGGAUGAAGCACUGCCUCAGGCAAUGUUAAAAAACCAGCAUAUGACUGAAGAAUCCAGACAUCUGCUCAAGUAUGUCAACUGGAGUGUCUACCUUCCUGAAAAGUAUAAAAAGAACCAUGUUUACACUGAACCAAUUUUCGGAAAACUUAAAGGUUCAUAUCCAUUUCUUGUUGAUAGUAGAAUAUCGCCUUUGAUACUCAGUGAUUCAGAGUUACAGAAAUUACCAUUAACUUACAUCCUCACUUGUCAACAUGAUAUACUAAGAGAUGAUGGCCUAAUUUAUGCCAUACAACUUCAAAACGUUGGUAUUCUAGUUACUCAUGACCAUAUAGAAGAUGGAUUCCAUGGGGGUUUAUCAUUUGGCGUAACAUUUUCCUUACCGAUAGGCUUUAAAAUAAAAGAUAAAUAUAUUAGUUGGUUAGAAGAAAAUCUAUAA